AAAAAAAUUAGUUUUAAAUUAGCCUAAAAGACCACCAGCAAACAGUCAUUUCUUAUAUCGCUUCAUUUAUCAAGUUUUUAUUUGAAGUUUUACAAAAAUAGUAGAUGUUAUCAGGCUUAAAAAACUCUAUUCUCAACAUUGUUAUUAAAGAUUUAUAACUGCGGGGGAUGAUGCGUUCUGUGACUUUAUGAAACUAGCCUUUACAGAGUGGAUAUCACUUAUAAUACAUCAAUUUCAAAUUUUGUGUAAUGAAAUUGUAUUAUUUAAAUAAUAUUGAAUCAUUUUUGUAAAAAAUAUAUGGACUUAUACAACUUGAGGUCUGUAACCUUACGUAGUGCAUUUAAUACACAAAAUCAACGUCGGAUUACUUAAAAUAUUAUUACGUGACAUAGAAUAUAAGGAUUGUCAAAAAACAAAUUUUAAUUAUACAGGUUUAAUACAAUAGGUGUUAUUAUUUUCGUAACUAUCAAUAGAACUUUGAGUAUUACUAUAAAAUAUGUAGAAAAACAUGUGUCAGAAAACUACUUUCAACAUUUUUGAUAAACAUCUCAUUUAGCCAUAUAAUUAGAUAGGCUUUAAACUAUGUAAAGUGUGAACAUAGUAACUUUAAUCAUGGACCACUAUUCUUUCAAAGUAAUUAUAUCCUUAAGCUUUACUGUUUUUACAAAAUUGGCUUGCUGCAAUAUUACAACUGACAAUGUUACAAUUAUUCCCAUUUGCAAAUCAUCAACGUUUGCAUUGAAUAAUCACACGAGUAAGAUCAUAAGUAAUGAAUAUUUUUCUCCGCAAUCAUUGCUAAGUAUAAUUACACAAGAUAUAAAUGUUGGAACAAAAUCAUUAAGGAGUAUACGAAAUAUAGUGACCACAUCUAAGCCAAAAAAACAAAAAAUCCUUACCAGAAUAGUUCCACGUAGCACUCCUAAACCAGGAAAGGAAUUUAAUAAAUCCGUAAUAACUCAAAAUACUACGACUUCUGGACCUAAAACAGACAAAAGAUUAAGCGUAGUAAAAAAUGUAAUAUCUAAUCAAUCCGAAGAAAUUAUAUUUAUAGAAAGUUUUCAAAGCAAAUACCCUAUUUAUUUAUGGAAAGAACAUGGUUUUUAUACUGAUGACUACAUAAAGUUAAUAAAUAAAUACUGGUUUAAGUUUCCUCCGACGAGCCCUUUUGCGCAUUACACUAUGGCAAUUUUGUAUACAAUUAUUACGGCAGUAGGGUGUUUUGGAAAUGCCCUUGUCAUAAUUAUGUAUAUCAGAUGUAAAUCAUUGCAAACGCCAGCGAAUGUCCUAAUUAUUAAUUUGGCUGUUAGUGAUUUCUUUAUGGUUGCUAAAUCACCUGUUGUAAUAUAUAACAGUAUAUAUCAAGGACCUGCAUUAGGGAAACUUGGCUGCAAAUUAUAUGGAUUCUUUGGUGGUUUAACUGGAAUCGGCUCAAUAAUGACUUUAGCUGCCAUUUCUUUGGAUCGUUAUUAUGUUAUAGUUCAUCCAUUGAACUCGGCAGUUAAAACUACCAAAUCAAGAGCCAGAAUACUUAUAGCAUUAAUAUGGUUAUAUGGAUUUAUAUUUUCCAUUUUACCUACUCUAGACAUUGGUUUCAGCCACUAUACGCCGGAAGGGUUCUUAAGUAGUUGCAGCUUUGAUUACUUGACUGAUGACAUUCAUGAAAAAAGAUUUAUUUUAAUAUUUUUUACAGCAGCAUGGGUAGUACCGUUUACUUUAAUAUUUUUUUGUUAUGUCCAAAUACUUUCUGCAGUUUGGAGUAAAAGUGAAUUGACUGCAAGUCGUUUUGGACAAGAAGUAGAAAAGAGAAAAACGGAAAUAAGGUUAGGUUAUGUUGUAGUGGGUGUAAUAAUGCUAUGGUUUUUAUCAUGGACUCCAUAUGCAUUCAUGGCACUGUUAGGCGUUUUCGAUCAUAAAGAGUACAUAACGCCAUUCACUUCGAUGAUCCCAGCAUUGUUUUGCAAAACAGCAGCUGGUAUAGAUCCUUGGGUGUAUGCUAUUACGCACCCAAGGUUUAAAAAAGAACUAUUGAAAAUAUUUUCAAGAAAAAAAAAUCGAAAGUUAGAAAGGGAUUAUGGUAUGAAAAAAGGUGCUGAAAUCGGAAUUGAUCGACACACUAGAAGUUAUAGGACUCAAUCCAGUACUGAAGAUGAAGACAUAGAAGAAGUUGUUGUAAUGGUAAAUCCUGAUCACAAGAUGCAUCGACAAGGAUCUACAUCAAGUCAUAAAACAAAUGAAACAAAAGCACUAGAAACUAAAUUUCCACCUACUAGACAAGAAAGUUUAAAAUAUAUGCCGCCAAGUUGGUAUAAGUUACCGAGAAGCAAAUCUAAAAGUAGUAUUAAAAUUAAUAGAAAUUCUAUAGAAAAAUAAUCGUUUUUGUUUUAAUCAGAUAAUCUGAGAAUACGUUUUAGUAAACACUGUGAUUAUUACUUAAGUAAACUAAGCAUGAUCUCACAUAUAGAUUAAGGAAAACAAAUAAAAUUUAACUUUAAUAGUAUUUAUGUGAUGCUCUUAGUUUUUCACAUUUCUUUAGUUUUAAGCACAACAAAUUGACUUUCUUUUGAAAGUAAAAUUAAUCACUCGUACAUUCAUCAUUUUUAAAGGUUUUUGUCAUUUAAAAAUAAUUCUAAAAGCACAUAAUUUGUAUAAGUACAUAAUUUUAGUAUGUAUGAUU